CUCGCGUCUUUCUGUGCUGUAUGAUUGCGCCUUUCUCUCAACGAUAGUUACUUUUCCGUUCGGUUCUUUGAGUACGAUCAGCUCGAAGCUGUAACGGCAAUGUCCCGAACACCAGGUUCAGCAGCGGCCGUGCAAAAUACUACUGGCAGUAGGGUUUCUCUGGACAAACCUGAAGCUUCAGAUUCACCCAAGGUCGAGGACGCAAAAGAUUGGAAAUGCAGUGGUGAAGACUUGCCCCUUCCUGCUUCCCAUUAUGACUCGAGCCAGUCAAGUUUUUGGAGAAGAAUGUUCUUGGGAUCCCCCUCCACUGACCAUGAGAAUGCAACAAAAAGAGCCAUGCAGAGCAGGCAUCUUAUGAUGAUUGCCAUCGGAGGUACAAUCGGUACAGGUAUUUUCUUGAGUGCAGGUUCGGCCAUUGCCUUAGCGGGGCCAGGUAGCGCACUACUAUCGUAUUUUGUGGUCGGUGUAUUUGUAUACACAGUCGUGAUCACUCUGGGAGAAAUGGCUUCAAUGUUUCCUGUCUCUGGUGCAUUCUCUAUCUUUGGUAGCAGAUUUGUUUCCCCCGCUCUGGGCUUUACAUUAGAUAGGAUGGAAUUAUUGGUUCCAAUGGAGCCUUUCGAUACUGAAUUGACUGCUGCUGCCAUUAUACUACAGUACUGGGCGCCCAAUGUGCAGGCUUGGGAGUGGGCACUAGUUAUCAUCGCUCCAGUAUUCGCUAUGCAGCUCAUUCACGUCCGUGUUUAUGGUGAAUCUGAGUACUGGUUUGCUAUGAUUAAGGUGGUAAUGGUAGUUGUAUUUAUCAUCGUUGGCCUCAUCUAUGAUUGGGGUGGUGUUCGUGGCCAUCCUGGACCAGGUCUAUCCAACUUCCACAACUCUCAGGCAUUCAUAGGCGGUUUUCACAAUUUUGCUCAAACCUUCGUAUAUGCGUUUUUCUCGUUCGGUGGAAUAGAGCUCGUGGCAGUGGCAGCUGGGGAGUCUGCUCGACCCUACAAGGCCGUACCCCGUGCUAUCAAGGCGACAUUUUUCAGAAUUGUACUGUUCUAUCUCCUGACUAUUCUGACAAUCGGGCUAUGUAUCAACUGGCAAGACCCCACUCUACUGAGCGCAGCAUAUAAUUCGGAUGUUGCAGCUUCGCCCUUGACAGUUGUUUUCAAACGAGCAGGUUUCGGAGCAGCAGCCCACGUCAUCAAUGCAGUCCUUUUGACUGCAGUCCUAUCUGCGACCAAUUCUUGCUUCUAUGCCAGCUCAAGAAUGUUGCUGUCGCUGGCUAGGUCUGGUCAGGCUCCUCGCAUAUUUGGGUGGGUAAAUAGCAGGGGUGUUCCAGUACCUGCGCUCAUCGUAGCACUAGCUGUGUCCUUUAUUUCGUUUCUUACCACCAUAUGGGGUGAAGGCAUCGUAUUCACGUGGUUGCUCAAUCUUACUGGAAUCUCUGCACUCCUAGUCUGGGGCUCCAUUGGCGCGAUUUCGCUGCGUUUCCGUAUCGCCUACCGGGCGCAAGAACUGGCAUUGUCAGACUUGCCGUACAUCCAGCCAUUGUUCCCGCUGUUACCCAUCGGUGUCAUUGUCCUUGCUAUACUGAUGUUCAUUGCUGAGGGCUAUGCUGCAGUGGUAGAGCAGCCUUUCGAAGCUAAGAAUGUUGUUGCGACCUACGUGGGCGUUUGCUUGUACAUCAUUCUGUACCUAGGUUACACCAUUUACGAACGCUUCGUGUUGAAGAAGACACAGCACUUUGUUCCUUUACUAGAGGUCGAUUUUGAGACUGAUGCGGUGUGGAAGCCAGGCCAGGGAGAUGUUGUCCGAGAGCGGGAUAGGCAGGAAAAACAAAUUGCCGUAGACACAUCACGGGAAAAAGGGCGCAGUCGCUGGAAAGUUUGGAUGUCAAAUAUCACCCGACAUAUCUACUGAAUGUUUAGCAUGCUAUAUCUUGCAUAUAUAUGUGUGUGCUAAGAGU